AUGGCGGAGCCGGCCCUCCUCGACCCCUCCUCCCACUUCGACCUCCGCCACUACCCGGCCGGCCUCUUCGACCCGGACCUGCACCUCGCGGACGACGACGACGACCUGCCGCUCGGGAAUUUCGGCCUCGGCGCCGGCGGCGUUGGCGACUGCGACGACCUCGACUUCGACCUGCCCGCGGAUUUCUCCGUCGAGGACUUCCUCCUCCGCUCCCCCGAGCGGAGCGACUCCGCCGCCGGAUCCGGCCCCACCGCCUCCUCGUCCUCCCCCUCCCCCGCCGCCUCCGGAACCGGCUCCGCCGUCGCCGACGCCAGCUGCGAGGUCAAGCACGAGGAGUCGGACGAGGGGAGGAGCGCCGCCGCCCCUAACUGGGGCCUGAAGCGGAAGCCGGCGAGCCCCGCCCCCAGCUCGGAGGCGGCCAAGUGCCGCCGAUCCGGGGACGGCGAGGUUUCCCCUUCCGCGUCGGCCUCGCGGGCCGCCGUGGACUCCGACGAGGGGGGCGCCGUCGGCGAGGGGGAGGACACCAGGCGGGCGGCGCGGCUGAUACGGAACCGCGAGAGCGCGCAGCUGUCCCGGCAGAGGAAGAAGCGCUACGUCGAGGAGCUGGAGGAGAAGGUCAAGUCAAUGAACUCGGUCAUAAACGACCUCAAUUCCAAGAUCUCCUUCAUCGUGGCCGAGAAUGCAACACUGCGGCAGCAACUCGGCAGCGGCGGCGGGAAUUGCCCACCUCCUGGGAUGUAUCCACCGGGAGCAAUGCCCGGCAUGCAUUUCCCUUGGGUGCCCGGGUAUGCCAUGCGGCCUCAUGGUUCCCAUGUCCCUCUUGUACCAAUUCCUCGGCUAAAGCCGCAGCAGCAGGUGACCGCAACCAAGGCCACAAAGAAACCAGAGAACAAGAAGGCCGUGGACAGCAAGAGUAAAUCCAAGACCAAGACCAAGAAGGUGGCAAGUGUUAGCCUUCUCGGUUUGAUGCUUGUUAUGCUCGUAUUUGGCGCUUUUGUUCCAGGGUUCAAUCACAACUUUGGAUUGAGUGGGGGAAGUGACAAUGCAAUGUUUAGGAAUUUUGGUCAGCCUCAUGAUAGGGUAGUGAAUGUCAAUAACCAUGGUCAAGCACCUAAAGGGGGUUUGAACAAUAGUGACAUGACUGGUGUUGAUUCUGGAAUGAUGAUUGGGACUGAUGGCAGUGCUGACCAGAAGCAUCAACCUCCACUUAACUCAAGUGAGACCUUGCCUGCUUUGUUGUAUGUGCCAAGGAAUGGAAAGCAUGUCAAGAUCAAUGGCAAUCUGAUUAUUCAUUCUGUGCUUGCAAGCGAGAAAGCGGUAGCACAUGGGACUUCACAACACAACCGUGACCAGUCAGGUAUAGAUCACAAAGAGACUAGUACAGCCAUAGCUCGUCAUCUAUCACUGCCUGGAAACAAUAUGAAUCCACAAGAGAAAUCCCCAGUAGAUGGACCAUUGCCGCAGUGGUUCCGUGAAGGAAUGGCAGGGCCUAUCCUAAAUUCUGGAAUGUGCAGCGAGGUAUUUCAGUUUGACGUUUCCGCUGCCACCAAUUCCGGUGGCAUAAUACCUGCUUCUCCAGCUGUCAACUCCUCAAGUGUUAAUGCUACUCGAAAGGUUCCAACACCAGCUCCUGCGUAUUACGGCAAGCUGAAGAAUAGGAGGAUCAUGUACAAUGAGGCGAUUCCACUCACUGGGAAAACGGCGAACAACACAGGGCCUUUUAACAGAACUUCUGAAAGCAGCAAGUUACCUGAUAAGAAGCCAGCAUCGUCGGUAGUUGUUUCUGUGCUAGCUGAUCCCAGGGAGGCCGGUGACGGCGACAGCGAUCCAAGGAUGACUCCCAAGUCCAUCUCCAGGAUAUUUGUUGUUGUUCUCCUUGACGGUGUUAGAUAUGUCACAUACUCCUGCACCCUUCCUUUCAAGAGUGCCAGCCCUCAUCUUGUAAACUAA